AUGGCGAUUGGCGAUGCAGAUCCGAAAAAGAGGCCAGAUGGGGUGAGUCAAACACUCACUGAAUCUCAGAAUGCCAAGGCGAAGCCGGCACCCAAAGAGAGGGUCCAGCCGAAGAAGAAGCUGAUGCCCAGACCCCCACAGGCGCCGCCGCCUCGAAAGCUUCUGGCAGACCGACAGAGCCAGCAGUUGGUACCCGUGAAGGAGGAGACCAUGGAAUUCUACGAUGGGCAGACGGUGCAGAUGCCACCUCCACCUCCGCCCACGUCACCCUGGCCCCAGGCAGCGCUUCCGGGCUCCUUCCCGAAAUCUGUGUCUCUGCUAGGUCUCAGCAGCAUGGGCAUGGCAGGGGGCAGCUUGGUUCCGCCGGUGGUUGCCCCACCUCCCAUGAAUCCCCCAGCUGCAGCUGCAACAGCUCCAGUAGCAGCGGUAGCGGCUCCACCAGCUACACCUGUGGUGGUGCCUCCUCCAGUGGUGAUCCCCCCACCUGUGGCGUCUGCGGAUAAUGGCUCUGCUCCUGAUGCAGCGAAGAACCGUGAGGCUGAACAUGCCUUGGAGCAAGCGCGGGCAGUUCACCAGCUGCACUUGGAGCAAUCGAGAGAAAGGAUUCAGGGUUUGAGGCACAGCUUGAAGCUCAAGCGAGACAAGCACAAGAUUCUGAGGACAGCUUGCCAGCAGAGUAGGGCCGCCCUAAGCUCCUGCCAGGAUUUGGUUCGUGACCAGCUAACCGAGAUGGAAAAGCGGAAGUCGCGCCUGGAAUACCAGCUCUCUGAGGCCGAAAGCCAGUUGAAAGAAGCACAGAGGGAGAAUUCGGGGUUACAGAAGGAGAAUUCGGUGUUGCGGACCCACAGAGAUCUCUUGACGAGAGAGAUGAAGGACUCUGGACCUGUGAAAGCCGAAAUCGAGGCGGCUAGGAGUGAAAUCUCAGUGCUACACGGACAACUGGAGAAGUUGAAAGAGGAAAACGAGGCUCUCAGGGCAAAGGCUUCAGAAGAGGACAACGAGAAAUGGAAAAAACACCAGAUGCUGCUAGAGCGCUACUCCUCUGCACUGAAGGUCAUCGCAGAUCCGCAGCUGUCUGUUCUGUUGGAAGCUUUGUCUGGCAGCUCCGACAAGCAGACGCUGGAACAUGCCAUUGAAAGUCUGCGGGAACUGAGCAAAUCCAAAGGCUUUGUGGUGCCGACGACUGAUGGUGACACGGCCACGGAAAUCAUGGAAGAUUCGGACAAGGAAGCAGAGGCUGAGAGUGAGAAAGAAGCAGAGGCUGAGAGUGAUGAUAGCGACAAAGGAAAAAACACAGGCAAAGCCUGGCCCACGCUGAACGACACCCCAGCAUCGC